GCGAGCGCCGAGGCCGCCCGCGGGCCUCCUCCCGCCCCGCCCGUCGCCGGCACCGCUGGUCGCGGCCCGGCACCAUGCUGCCCCUCUCCAUUAAGGACGAUGAGUACAAGCCGCCUCGGCUCAACCUGCUCAGGAAGGUGUCGGGAUGGUUCAGGUCCAUCCUGGCGGACAAGACCUCCCGCAACCUCUUCUUCUUCCUCUGCCUCAACCUCUCCUUCGCCUUCGUGGAGCUGCUGUACGGCAUCUGGAGUAACAGUUUAGGUUUAAUAUCAGAUUCUUUUCAUAUGUUUUUUGAUUGUACUGCUCUAUUGGCUGGAUUAGCAGCUUCAGUUAUUUCAAAGUGGAGGUCAAAUGAUGCUUUCUCAUAUGGAUAUGUUCGAGCAGAAGUACUCGCCGGUUUUGUAAAUGGUUUAUUCCUCAUCUUUACAGCAUUCUUUAUUUUUUCUGAAGGUGUUGAGAGGGCACUGGAGCCUCCUGAUGUGCAUCAUGAGAGACUUCUUCCAGUUUCUAUACUGGGAUUCAUUGUAAAUCUUAUAGGAAUAUUUGUUUUUCAACAUGGAGGUCAUGGGCAUUCACAUGGCUCUGGGCAUGAGCACAGCCAUUCUCUAUUUAAUGGAGGUCUCAGCCAUGGACACGGUCACAGAGGUCAUGGUCACAGCCAUAAACAUGGACACAGUCAUGAUCAUGGCCAUAGCCAUGGACUCCCUCAUGGUCAGGGUUAUUGCCAUGAUGACCAUUCUCUUGAGGAGAUGACUGGUUCUAGCAAGCAGAUCUUACAAGGUGUAUUUCUACACAUUGUUGCAGACACACUGGGAAGUAUUGGUGUAAUCAUAUCUGCUAUAUUGAUGCAGAACUAUGGUCUAAUGAUAGCAGAUCCUAUUUGUUCAAUGCUGAUAGCAUUACUUAUAGGAGUAAGUAUUGUUCCUCUUCUAAAAGAAUCAAUUGGAAUUUUGAUGCAGCGAACUCCUCCAUCUCUGGAAAAUGCCCUGCCUCAGUGCUAUCAGAGGGUGCAGCAGUUGCAAGGAGUUUACAGUUUACAUGAUCCACACUUCUGGACCCUCUGUACUGAUGUUUACAUAGGGACUUUGAAAUUAUUAGUAGCUCCUGAUGCUGAUGGAAGGUGGAUUCUAAGCCAGACUCACAAUAUUUUUACUCAGGCAGGAGUGAGACAGCUUUACAUACAAAUUGAUGUCGCAGCCAUGUAGUGAGCUUCUGAAAUUGUGCUGUUGGACCAAAGUUUUUUGUACUGUAAUGGUAUAAAACAAGACACUUCCCAAGACAGAGCCUGCCUCUACCACUGGCCUGGAAUUGACUGAAUAGACUUAUGUCUUUGGGCUAUGGAUGAAGUUGACUUCUGAGGAGUAAAUAUGGAGUGAAUGUUAUGAACUUUGGGUCUUGUCUUUUUGUGGCCCCCUAAACUUGUAAGUUUUUGAAGGUUUUUACUUACUACAUUUGUUCCAAUAGGAAACUAAAAUGGUGGUACUGGAAAUUCUGUAACGUCUUCAGUAAAGCUGCUGAAACCACUGCUCAUUCCCAUAAAACCAGUGUUAUCAAAAAUUGGAAACUUGUUUUGUACAUAAUGUCACAAUGGCUGACAUGCUUCGAUAUAAUUGUAUGUUUGUACAAUUGUUUGUACUUUGCAAACUUAAUGAACCAAACCAUAUUGGGUUUUCAAAGUGCCUUUUAUAUCAUGAGAGGUAUUUGCCAGCAUAAAUAUGAAGCAUCAAAGGGUUUUAUUACUUCUACAAAUAUAUCUUGUAUGCAGUCUGAUUAUUUACUAGUGAUGUAUGUGGGGACUUCAUAUAGUUGCAUAACUGUAGAUGUUAGACUUCCCUUAUUAUUGCAUUGUACCAAACAGGAAAAAUUCUGAAGGUAAAAGGCAAAGCCAUUGUAAAGAGACUUCCAAAACAAGCUAGAAAUUUUGUUGCACAUUUCUUGUGGAAACAUUUUGGUCUAAGAUUUAGAUUUAACUCCAAUUCUUAGUCUCUUCAUACUGUGAGAGUAAUGAGAUGUUACGUGAUGCUACCCGUGUCCACAGUCACCCAAAAAACAGACAGCUGAGGGAAUUGUUUCCAUGGUUGAUGGAAACAAUGCAUGAAGCUUUUUUUUAUUUUGCAAACUAUAAGAAAGAGCAGACAAAAUUACACUCCUGUCUUUGUGAAAGUCUAAAUCUCUUUGAUUUUAACAGCUUGUAGUAAUUCUUGUUAAAGCGUUCGGUGAGGUAACUUUUGCCUUUCCAAAUACUAAAGAUGUGUUCCUGGUGGUUAUACCUGAAAUGGAAAUAAAGGCCUCUCUUCAUGUUAUUCAAGAUUAUGCUUUUCCAUGAUGAAAAGUCAUGGUUUUUUUACUAUUUCACUGUAGCCUUUUGUAUUUCCAUCAGAAAAAACAUUCUCAAUGGAGUAAGUUGUUUGUUUUUUUCAGAUACGUUAGUUGUAUCUUGUAGUCAUUUUUCCAAUCUGAGCAUUGUUUUCAACAACAAUCUGCUAUACUUGAUAUUACAGAUAAUUCCACUAUGCUGUUGUAGAUAAAUCAGUAAGGGAAGGUUUUGUAAGAUGACAUUGUAUUUCACAAGUAGAACAUUGUGGAGAGAGAAACAAGACAGCCGUUUGUCUUGUAAAUCAUAGCCAAUAAUGCCAGUUUUAGAUUUUAAGUGUUCUUCAGGCACCUGAUACAGAGUAGUGUGGCAGCCAACACCUGUAGAAGCCAGCAGUGUCUCUGUAGUAAGUGCUAGGAAAGUACUGAAGACUUUUUUGCAGAAACGGUUUGUUUACCACUGAUGUUACUAAAUUCAUGAUAAGAGGAAGUUCCUGGUACUUGUUCUGUUGCUCCUGUUUAGCAUCUGAACUUUGAUCUCUCUUUCUGGGAAAAUACUGAUGGUUGCCGGAUUGAUAGAUAGUUGGUACCUGAAUUCUCCUGAUGAAAUAUACAGAUGUUAAUAUUGACUUUGUAGAAAACUUGGGGUUAUACUUCUUGAUCUUGCAACUGAAAACUGGGAGUAAAGGAUAACAGCAGUAAAAAGCCACAUACCUCUUCUAAACUUUAUGGUCCCUUCCAGUCCUCAGAGCCUUCUUUAUCCUUAUUGCUGCUUUCUGAUCUUACUCGUGUCUCCAGGAGGUGCAGGUGCAGAGUGCUGUAUUGGGCAGCUUGCACUGACCUACAUCCUGCCUCAUUUCUCUGCCAGGCUUGCCUCCCAUCUCACCUUGCAGAUGCUCUGCAGAUGCUCUGCCAGCUGUGGAGGUCCUGACUGGAGGAUGAAAAGUUACAUGGGGUGGGGCAGGGUGCAAGAAUCUGUUGAGCAAAUUUGAUUGUGUCAGUUGACGAUAUAAUUUGUCUGUAUGACCGCAGAAAGGGUAAUUAAAAGACAGCUGGAAGUCAUCAUUUUGUAGAGAUGCAUGUAGACUGCGGCUUGUUGUUUGACAACAAUUUCUUGAUGUUGUAGUCAAUGUUUAAAGGCAAGCACUGGCCAGCUCCAUUACAAGUGUCAUGAUCAAAGAGCUCAGUUUGAUUUAAAUCAUCUUUGUAGCAGCUCAGAGCAUCUUUGGGGUCUGAGUAUUCCUGGACUUGCUGAAGUACAUUGUAGUGCUGCUCAAGCUGUACGGCUUGGUUGCUGUUUUAGUUGUCGUAAUGAAAAGAUGACUACUACAACUGCUGUAGAUUCUCAAAGUGAGCAUCUACUCAAGUGGUAUUUUGUUUGUGCAUUUUUUUUGGAAGAUACAUAUGUACAAACUUUUUCAUUACAGGAAAUUAAAUGCAAAAGCCUAUAAGCCGGUUAUAAUUAUACAAUGUUGAUUUUAAUAGUUUUUUAUAUCUUAUUGCUUAGGAGGGCUUGAUUUCUAAACAGUGUACCACCUUAGUUUUUAAGGAGGACUUGAUGUUUUAUAAGAAAUACAUCCUUUGUGAAAUACAGUUUUGAGGGUAAUUUAGAGAGGUCAGACUCAAAAUAGACUUUUAAGCCUUCUUAGCCUUUCUGACGAAAGAUAAGCAUUGAAAGGUUCUACAGAAGACAGUAGAUGGCCUGUCCCAGUAGCUAACUGCAACCACAUUUGGCUCCCCUGUGUCAGCAAGUGGUGAUAUUUGACUGUUUUGGUUCUUUUCCAGUUACUGAGGGGCUACUUGCUGAGGCUCUAAGAGAGUACAAAACAUGCAGCUGAAAGUGCAGCCUUUUUUGUCUUGAAUAUCAAAACUCAGUUAUUUUGACUUGCUGAUUAUGUAGCAAUUGACUUAUAAGAGGUUUUGCUUCUAGCACAUUAAUAGAUACAUCACCUUGUUUAAGCAGACUUAAACUGUGGGUACCUGAUAUCUAGCAAUGGAUAAGUGUCUGCAGAUCAUCUGCUAAAACUGAUUUUCAUAGCAAACAAUAUGGAAGUUUGAGCCAAGUUCUCAAAGUAUGCUUUCCUUACAUUUUCCUGUAGCUGAACUUUAAUGUAGGGUUUCUGAUCUAAGUGAUCUAAGAUUUUUUUUAUCUGUGAAAGAAAAUAGUAACUUAAAACUGCCCAGACCAAAGUCCAAUCCUGCAGAUUGCAUUUUUAUACGAUGUACAGCAAAAUGAUAUUUUACUUUGCUGAGAGCAUACUGUGAAAGACUUGACUGUGUUUCUAAGAGUUUAGAAAAGAAAAAAACUGCUCUAGAAUGCCUGUGCUUAAAAUGCCCUCAUCAUAGAGGUAAAUAUGGCCCUUGGAUAAAGCUUAACUUGCUCAAGAGAGAAAGUGCAAUUUAAAUAAUUGGCUCUAUUUAUACAUAAUACUGCUUACUAAAAGUCAAGCUUAAUCUCAUUAGAGCUGAGGACACUAUUUUUACAUAGAAAUUGAAACUUGCUGCUACAAGUAGGAUAGACGUUAGUGACUUUUAACAUCAUUUUUAUUUCUUGAGUUUAAAGGUAGAGGAAGGAAAGGUAUCUGUUUUCUGUUGGUCAGUGAACCUUAUUCAGGAAGGCAGACAGACAGAAGGUGAAAGAAGCUGCCACUGAACUGCAGUUUUCCACCCUUGAAUAUUUAAGCUGCAAUCAAAUUGGGAACUUCAUGACAUUUUCCCAGACUGAAUGUAGAUUUCAGUUGCUGAAACCUUGAUUCUUUCAAAUCCUAAUGUAACUCAUGUAAUGAGACAAUUUCAAUGCCAGUUCAGAACAACAGCUUCAGUUACUGAUUAGCCCUGUCCUGUUUUCCCCAGCAGCCACUGACAGCCACUUUCUAUGACUGCUGAGUAUCUCCUCCCUUUGAGGUGUGUUUGUAAGAGUAAGUAAUAAGGGAUUUUAAGUUUUUUUUAAUAAUUCAUUUCUCUGAUCCCUUACACUGUUUCAGUGGUUAAUUUAUCCUGUACACUUCUAGAAAAAUCCCCAUCUGCAUUGCUGGGAUUCCCUUUUGGAUUUCUCUCCCCAUUCAGGCUUUUGUUGAAGUGACCAUAUAUGUUGGGACUUCAUUGGCCAGAGACUGCUGUAAUGUGAAAAGGUGCCAGUUAUUCUACUCUUGUCUCUGGUUAUGUGAAGACUGCAUUUCACUAUGUGCGAAUACUGGUUAAUCUAUUUGUCUGUUUCAGUGAGGCACAAUAUGUUCCUGCCUAUGUGGAAAUCUGGCAGAAAUCAUGUGUAAAAGGAGUUGUGUAUUUCAUUUUCCAUGUGCGUUGAAGUCUUUCUUUCAUGCCUGUGCUAGGAUCUUUAACAAGAGUUAAAUGAUUUGCUUCAGUACUGUGGCUGAAGUGUGGGAUAAUGUGAAUGAAGAAACUGCCAAAAUCAUUCUGGGUAGCAUAAAACAUUGCUUGCAUACAGCUUGUUUGCCUUUAACUUUCAACUACAAGAACAUUCUUUGCAAUGAGCUUAGAUUGAAUAGUACAGUAUCAAAAUACCCGCAAAGAAAAUCUAAAUGAUAAUGCAAGGCAGCUCACUAAAAUUCUGAAGACUCUAUAUGAUUUUGUUCUGGAAUGCUGAUGUAGUAGCUUAGCCAUGACUUGUCCCAAGUGCAAUAUUAGAAAUUUUUAAUGUAACCUUUUCUACUUGAAUACAGUCUAUAUAAAAUGUUAAAUGUCCUAUAUUGCUGAGAAGAUAUGGGAUCAAAUUUCUUUCCAAUAAAUCUUCAGUUAAAAAAAAAAAAUACAUACAGGUCUACUGGUUUUUUUCAACAGUAUGUAUGAGCACCUGGAAUAGCAACCAUCACCCCUUAGCUGAUUCUGAAGAGAAUUUUUGCAGUCUGCUUUUUUUGAGUUGGUAACAAUUCAACUGUGGUUGUUGCAUUUGAGUCUAAAGCUUCAUAAAUGCUAGCAUUAAUGUGUGAGGAAAUCCAGAUCUAUUUUAAGUGGCAACCUCCUGAAAUAAGAAAUUCUGUGCAGUUUCUCCUUAUGUUUUACCAGCUAUCUGGAGAAUGAAUUCUUGUAAACGUAGAGUAUUCUAAUCUGUAUUCAUUCUUCCAGGUGUAAAAAUGAAUACAGACUAACAGGGUUUGCACAGUUUUUCUACUGAUGGGAGAACUACUCGGUGAAAUAGCUGAAAAGCAACGUUUAACAUCUAAAAUGCACUUAAAAUCAUGCAUGCAGUAGGCUUGAUUCUUCUGUUAUAGCAAAAGUGAUGCUGCAUACAUAUCUGGUCCAGUAGUUCUGUAUUUGCACGUCUUAUCCUAGUCAUCAGCCUAAGACUGAUGCAGAUGCCAAGGAACUGAACUAAACAAAGCAUUCUUAAAGUUUAAAGACUGCUGGAGAUGUCUUUACUUGUUAGAAACUGAUACCAGCAGAUGUAUUUUGCAGUUUGAAGCCUCAGGUUAAAGCAAGCCCAUGUUCCUACAC